AUGAAGACCACCAUUUUCACCACCCUCACCACCCUCGCCAUCGCCACCCUGGCGACCGCCGCUCCCGGCGAAGCCUCCAUCCAAGCCACCAAGAAAUGGCAAGCCGCCGACGGCUGCCAGACCGACUGGGCGGGCCACUGCAACGCCCAGUGCGUUGGCGAGGCCGAGCAGAAGGGGUACAAGUGCAAGAACAUUGACUCGGAUAUCACUGGGUCUGGAUGUGUGGUUGGCUGGAGCACCUGCGAGUGCACUUGCUUUUAUUAA